GACGCGGGACAAACAGCACCCAUCACACUGCAAACACGCACCGGGAACUUAGGAAAGUUAUCGGCAUGUUAGGUCACUCCUUUGAGCCUAGAAUCCUUUCAGUUUUGAUGUGCCACUUUCAUGCAUUUUGGACCUCCACGGAUAUUAGAUGUUGCAGAUGCAGGAGAGUGAGUGAGAGGGAGGAUGUGUCUGUGAAGUGGCUCUUGUUUGCAUUACAGAUUGGGGGUUUAAAAGAGCUCAAAGGACUAAUUAGAUGCACUAUUUUGUUUUCGAUUAAAUGUAAUCUUCAGGAAGGACUGGAAGGUCAAAGUUUAUUCUGGUGCAGAUCCACAGUGGGAACAAUUCAAGAUGUUGUUGGUGCUUAGUGCUCAGCCAGGUUAUGGCGUGAGAAAUCCAAAAUCUUAAUUAAAAUCUUGGAUACACAAACCACAAGGAUGACAGAAACCAAUUAUAGAGGGACAGGAGAUGCUUUCAUGUAGCUUGGAGGCAUUAGAAAAUAUGGUCUCAGGAAUGUCUCUGCUUCAGUGCCUAUCUCAAGUAAAUACAAUUUUAUGGCUCCUUUGAUCACUCCUCUAAGUCCUGAAGCCGUAAAAUAUGAAAGGCCAGGCACCACACUGUGUGUUGUAAAGUUAACCGGCCGCAAACCUCUUAUGACUUAAUCGUCUACUGAGUUUACCGAUGUUGAUAAAGCUUAAGAAACACCCAACCACAUCCGGCCAAAGUGAGAGGUGUCCUUUUUUUUGUUUGGCAGACAAGUUCCUCGUGAGUUUCUGUAACAAUGAUUUUUCUAGCAUGUUGUUAUCACCUGAACAUGUGGUUUCACAAUCGAUUGCUCAAAAAACCUAUUUUCAUCUGCAGUGGUUUGAGCCACGAGUCUCACCGCAGAGACGUGGAGCAGGUCUACCUACGCUGCUCUCAGGGCUCUCUGGAGUGGCUCUACCCCACAGGCGCCAUCUUUGUCAACCUGCGGCCAAACACAGAGCCCUCAUCGGGACACGUGGCGGGUCUCCACGUGUGCAUCAAACCCCACCCUCACUCCCAGGGCUCUCACGUGUAUCUGGAGCAUGACGGGGAGCUGAGGAUGCUGCUGGCAGAGAAGGACCAGGCUCUGGGCACAGUGCACUGCUUCCGCCCCGCAGAGGGAGCGCUCUUUGUGGAGGCCGUCCCACAGGCCGACAUCAGCCGCAGGAUCACAGCGUUCCAAUACGAGCUGGUGUCCAGUCAGUGGCCCGGAGCACACUUGUUCCCAUACCUGCACCCUGGUUCAGUCACCUGUAAACCCUGUUCAGAUGAAGACGUCCUGAUGGCUGUGUGUACCAGUGAUUUUGCUGGCAGGGGCGUCUUUCGAGGAGGUACCUCCGGUGCCAACGACCACUCUCCCGCCGUGGUGACUCUGAGUCGACUGUUUCGCCAGAAGACCAGGGUGUUUGCUCGGGGUGGAGCCAGAGGCCGGGGUUGGGUUGGACGCAUCAAUGUGCCCGCACAAUGCAGUGUGCAGCCUGGAGGCGACGAGUACCUUUUGACCGGCUCCGUCCAUUUCGGCGACGCCUGGCUCGGCUGUGCGCCGCGCUUCAGGGACUUCCAGAAGCUGUACCUCACAGCACAGACAGCGGGAGGAAGCCCCUGUGAAAUAGACACAGACUGAGGCUUCACCGGAGAGGGUGACACAUUGAGGAACCAGCUGAGAUUUGGGACAGAUUUGUAGGCAGAUGUGCAGGGUUCCAACGCCCAAAGUGAAGGUUGAACAUUUUGGCCGAUGAGCUGCGAAUGAAAUUGUCCUCAUUUGACUGUGUAUGUUUACACAUGGAUGAGUGCAAGUUCAUUUUGUGCCUAACUGGUUAAUGUUUUUAUUCUCUUGACUUUAGUGCUAAUGUGAUCAUUUUUGAAAUGAUUGUUUGCUUUGUAAAAAGCUUUCUGUAAAAUGUAGGAGUCUUCUGACAGAAGUGUACAGUACGCAGCUCUGUGAGUCUUUAUGUACCAAGUGUGUGUGGGUUCAGCUAAUACCUUCAGAGGGUCUUUAUAUUUACAGAAAAUAAAAACCCAUCCUUUUGCUUGUCUUUCUGUUGAAAAGCA